AUGGAGGGAGACCCCGGUCGUCCGUUGAAAGUAGGCUUGAUUGGUGGUUCGGGACUGAACAACCCCGUGCUGUUUGACGUGGAAAGAACCGAGGAGGUGACGACUGCAUACGGGGAGCCGUCGAGCCAUCUGGUGCACGGCUUCAUUUGUGACGUUCCUUGCGUAUUUCUUUCUCGUCACGGCCGGAACCACGACGUAAUGCCAACGAACGUCAACAAUCGCGCCAACAUCAGGGCGCUGCGGGACGCCGGCUGCACGCACGUGCUUGCCGCCACGUGCUGUGGCUCGCUGCGGGAAGAACUCCGGCCCGGGGACCUGGUCCUACUGGACCAGUUCAUCGACAGGACGACGAAGCGAGUGCAGACCUUUUUCGACGGCGAGGUCGGGUCGCCGCCGGGCAUUUGUCACCUGCCGUUGGAGACGCCGUUUUGUGAGCACACGCGACUGCUGGUGCUGGACGUGGUCAAGGAGAAGCUUGGGUGGGACUUGGGGCGGAAGGACGGUGCUGGUGAUGACGACGAUAAGACGCAUUUUGUGAUGCAUGAAAAGGGGACGGUGAUCACUGUGGAAGGGCCGAGGUUCUCCACCAAGGCCGAGAGCAACAUGUUUCGUCUCUGGGGUGCUGAUGUCAUCAACAUGACCACUGUCCCAGAGGUGGUCCUUGCAAAAGAAGCGGGCUUGAGUUACGUGAGCAUCGCAAGCGUCACGGAUUAUGACUGCUGGAGGCCACAAUCAGACCAUAGCCCUGUGCACUUGCAGCUUGUUUUGGAGAACUUGAAAACUGGUGCUGAGAGACUGCUGAAACUUUUUAAAGAAGUUGUGCCAGCAAUUGCUCAACGUGACUGGAAAGACGUCGUUGCUGCAAAUGAGGUUAGAAUAAAGUGUAACCCGGACGAUACCAUUGGGGACUUGAAGAAGCUGAUCGCUGCCCAAACGGGCACACGUUGGGACAAAAUCGUGUUGAAAAAGUGGUACACCAUUUUCAAGGACCACAUCACCCUGGAAGACUAUGAGAUUCACGACGGGAUGAAUUUGGAGUUGUACUACCAAGUAAUCGUUGAUGAGAUGAGUGACAGUGCGGAAGUUGGAGAGGAGCAGGUGGGAGAUGUCGUUCGAGAAGGUGGACCACUGCCCGGAGUGACGUACCCCAUGCAAAUUACCUAUUGUGGCAACUGCAGCAUGCCAGUUGAAUACUGUGAAUUUUACCCGGAUUACGAGAAAUGCAAAGCAUGGCUGGAGAAGAAUUUGCCGGAUGAGUUCGAGCGUGCAACUCGCAUCGAUGAUAAAGACGAUUCCGACGAGAAGAAGCGGCAGAAAAGAGGCGGCAAGGGCCUAGUGAAGGCGAAGAAGAAGCAGGAAAUCGCCAAGUCUGUCCGUGUGUCGAGAGCGCCGCGUGGAAAGAAAAAAUCCGUGACGAUAGUCAGCGGCCUGUCGACAUUCGGCAUCGACUUGAAAGAUGCAUCCAAGUUCUUUGCCAACAAAUUCUCCUGCGGGUCCAGCGUCACUGGUGACGACGAGAUUGUCAUCCAAGGUGACGUCAAGGACGACCUCAUUGACAUUCUCCCGGAAAAGUGGCCCGAUAUUGAAGAAAGCUUGAUUGAAGACCUCGGUGACCAGAAGCGUUGAGCUUGUGAUGCCUGUGACGUGUGUUCCCACUGAUGGGAUUUUCCUCUUUUUUUGUUCAUUUCCUGAUGUGCUGUUGCCUGCGGUGCGCGAAUAAAACACUGAGGGUCAUAUCACAGUAGAGCGAGUAUCAAAAGAGCGAGUGCUGAGGAGAAAAAAAGACUUGGCCUGACCUCACGUAAUUUUUGAGCGCUGCUGUCCCAACAGAAAGCCGUUGCAUUGCACAAAAAUCAUGCUCAGCAUUGAAAGAACAUCUAGUCUCACGAGAAGAGCAAGUUUCAACAUUUCAACCGAGCCCGAAACCUUUGCUGUUUUGAUAUUUGCUCUUCUGAUGUUCACUCAAUGUCGUAAAAAUUUGCGAAACGGUGGCAAACAAACAAACAAAAUUUGCCGUGAA